AAUGUCGUUCCUCUUGUCUUUCUUGUUCCUUUUGAACACCUAACCCCUCGAUUUCUUCAUAAAUCAAGGCACACUCUGAAUCAACGAUAUGCGUGAUUAACUGACAAGCAUUUGCAUAUUAUCAUUUAUCAUCAUCAUCUCCGUCAACCGUUGCUAUUUUCUUGAAAUAUCUGCCUCAUUUUCAUCGCCAAUUUCCCCAAACAAUUCAUCUUUCUGGGUUAUAAAUAUUGUAAGAAUUAUAUUCGCAAUUACCCACAAUUCUUUAAGCAAAAUUAUUCGAUAAAGUCGCCUGCUUGAUUUGAAUGGCUGCAACAACAUUUAAUGGAAGUGUUGCUACCAGCAAGACUCAUGGGUACAUUGGUAAUUUUGCACUUCAUCAAGAUUUUGGAAUUAGUUCUCUACAGUUGACCACAAAACGUUUCAAGAUCGAUCUUGGACUAUCGGGAAAGAAACAUCAUUGGUCUAGAAAAAGGGAUUCUUGUUUGAUUCAAGCGUCUUUUUCUCACGCUACUACAGUUUCAGACGAAGUUUCGACCCCGGUUGAUAGCACCAAAGCGGGACCCACUAAGAAAUCAAGGGAGGCUGCAUUGAUAUUGAUUAGGCAUGGUGAGUCUCUUUGGAACGAGAAGAACUUAUUCACGGGCUGUGUUGAUGUGCCGUUAACAAGAAAAGGUGUGGAAGAAGCAAUUGAAGCUGGUAAAAGAAUAAGCAAUAUACCCGUUGAUAUGAUAUAUACGUCUGCACUUAUUCGUGCGCAAAUGACAGCUAUGCUUGCCAUGACUCAACACCGCCGCAAGAAGGUGCCGAUUGUCUUGCAUAAAGAAAGCGAACAAGCGGAAUCAUGGAGUCAAAUUUUUAGUCAAGAAACCGAAAAACAGUGUAUCCCAGUCGUUACGGCUUGGCAACUAAAUGAACGAAUGUAUGGAGAAUUACAGGGUCUAAACAAGCAGGAAACCGCUGAUAAAUACGGGAAAGAACAAGUGCAUGAGUGGCGUCGUAGUUACGAUAUACCACCACCAAACGGGGAGAGUUUGGAAAUGUGUGCUGAAAGAGCUGUUGCAUACUUUAAAGAACAUAUUGAACCUCAACUACAAGCUGGAAAGAAUGUAAUGAUUGCAGCACACGGGAAUUCGUUGCGGUCCAUCAUAAUGUAUCUUGACAAAUUAACAUCUCAAGAGGUUAUUAGCCUGGAAUUAUCGACAGGGAUACCGAUGCUUUAUAUUGUAAAAGAGGAGAAAUAUAUUAGAAGAGGAAGUCCAGCUGCACCAAGUGAACCAAGUGUUUAUGCUUAUACCAAGAAUUUGGCCCGAUACAGGCAAAAAUUAGAUGAGAUGGUUCAUUGAUGACUUCGCAGAUUCGACGAAACGACUACCUUAUGUGUUACUUGUGGGUCCCACCGACAAAAGGUUGCGUAUGUGUUGAUUUUCGGAUUUCCGUUCAGUAACAUGUUGUUCUAUUAUAAGUUUUGUGCAGUAGAAACUCAAAUUGUGUGAUGCUGUCAGUGUACUACUUCACUCUUGUUUUAGAGUGAUAUAAGAUUGUGUAGUAUGGUAGAAAAUAAUAAA